AUGUCUCAACAGAGAGAUUACAGCAGCCAGUCGUACUCCCCCGGCGGCGCGGGACCGGCCCGCUGCCAACCCACCCACCACCGGAUCAACCCGGCGGGCAAAUCCAGGGAGAAGGACGACAUGGUGGGACUCAAUGACAAGUUCGUCCAACUGAUUGACAAGGUGAAGAACCUGGAGGACGAGAACAAAAAGCUUGACACCAAGCUGGGGAUCCUCAAGGAGCAGGAGGAGUACGAGGGGAAGGUGGACGACAUUGUCAAGCAGCUGGAGAACGAGCUGGAGCAGCAGAUCGAGAGCCUGCUGCGCGACCAAGAGAAUCUGCAGGACGAGCUGCUCAAGAAGCACGAGGAGGUGGAGAACACCAAGCAGAGGUAUAAGGACGAGCUGCAAAAGAAAGCUGAUGUGGAGAAUGAUUUCAUCGUCACCAAAAAGGAUGUAGAUGAUGGUCACUUGGAGCAAGUCAAUCUGGCUCUGGAGCUGGAGGACCUGAUGGGAAAACUGGACUUCCUCCGGGUCGGCUACGAUGAGGAGAUCAAGGAGCUGGAGUCGCUCGUCCAGAACAAGACGGUGAUCCUGGCCGACAACAGCAAGCGGUUUCUGGACAUGGACGAGAUCGUCGAGAGUGUCAAGAAUCAGUAUGCCAAGGUGGCCACCCGCACCAGGGAGGAGGCUGAGCAGUGGAACCAGAGAAAGAUGGACGCCAUGGUCCUAACUGCAGGACAACGUGAGCAGGAAGUGCGCGAUGUGAAGAGGGAGAUCUCAGACAUGCUGCGCCUCAUCCAGAGACUCAAUGGGGACCUGGACGCUCUCAUCAGGAAGGAAGUAGCUCUGAGGAAGGACAUCGGCGUCCUCAGCGCCAAGGGCGACAGCAACCUGGAGAAGGCCGGGGAGGACAUUGCCCAGCUGGAGGAGGCUUUGAGGCGGGCCAAGCAGGACCUGGCCGGACAGAUCCGUGAACACCAGGAGCUGAUGAACCUGAAGCUGGCCCUGGACAUUGAGAUCGCCACCUACCGCAAGCUGCUGGAGGGCGAGGAAGAGAGAUAUCUAAAAACAAAUCAACCAAUCCACGUCCUUACUUGCACGCAGACACUUACCCGCCCGAGAAGUCCCGAGCCCCAGAACUCGCCGUAACCCCGCCACUGCAGCGCGCCGCCUCCAAUAAACGUGUCCUGAUCCGGGUGGAGGUUGAGUUGGGCAGAGUCGUGUCCGAAAGCUCCUGUUACGCUGAAGAUUGACCGGGACUGUCCCUCACGGCUCAGUCCGCAGCAUUACAGCAUAUCCACAAAAUGUGAAUUCAAGAACGUCAAAUUAAGUUAAACAUAUAGUUGAAUAAAUUAUACUCAUAGAGUAUCCUCAUGAAACUUUUAAUGCAAUAAUUAAUCUCUUUUUUGACAACUGCUUCUCGAGAGGUUGAACAUUUUCCCUAGAAUUACUGCGUGAAGUUGGAGACAUUUGGUUUACUGUAUGUCAAGCGGUGUUUUUUCAGAUUUUCUUAUCUUGUGUUCUCAUUCAGCAUCAGUGUAUUCAUCUGUCAUACCUUUGUGAGCGAAAUUGGAAUAAGAAUUUGUCUUUGUGAACAAUAAAAAAAAAAGGAACUUG